ACGGGGGUCAUGGGUCACAAGUGGGACGCCAGCUCGAGGUCUUGCCGACUCCGAGGCCUACUGCCGGCUGGCUGACUGACGUUUCUGUGACAUUUGCUACUACUCUAGGGAGCCUGCCUUCCCCCGGGCUUUCUGAUACCUGAAGGUGACAUUCUCCAAGAGGCCGAGAGCAGUCUCUGCCCUGCUCACUUGAACACAUGCAUCCAAGGAACCCUCCACUUGGCCAGGCGUCCGAAGGGGACCGAGCUCCGGCUCCCGCUAGCAGGAUGAUGGACAACGAAGUCUUUGCAAACUUCCUUCUCUACAGCACCGUGCUAGUCAUAAAGAUGUAUUUGCUGGCAGUUAUCACCGGGCAAGUGAGGCUUCGGAAGAAAGCUUUUGCCAAUCCAGAAGAUGCCUUGAAGCAUGGAGGCCUCCAGUAUUGCCGGAUGGACCCAGAUGUGGAGCGAUGUCGCAGAGCCCAUUGGAAUGACCUGGAGAACAUCUUACCAUUUCUGUUCUUGGGAUCCAUCUAUUCCUUCCUGGACCCAGACCCCUUCAUAGCCUGGCUUCACUUUUUCAUCUUCUUUGUCGGGAGGAUAAUUCACACCAUUGCCUACCUGGUGAAACUGAGAGCUCCCAUCCGCUCAGUGGCCUAUACCAUAGCUCAGUUCCCUUGUGUUUCCAUGGCUCUGCAGAUUCUUUGGGAGGUCAUAGACACCUGGUAACCAGCAAUUAGCUAUGAUGCUGUCUCUCCAGCGAGGGAAGGCAACAAACGCAGGUUUUCCAGGGGUUCCAUCUCAUCCCCAUGUCCAUCUCCCUCCUUUCACUUUGCUUCCCUGCAUGACUGAACCAAGUGCCUGGUUGGCUGGCCACUUCCAGAGUAUGUGUGUGAGCAUGCUUGUGUCUUUAUAUCAUCCUGUGUAUGUCCUGAUAUGCAGAUCUUCUUUAGUUCUGCAGAGUCUAGUAAGGUUGCUGAUCACAGCUACAGCAUAGCGAAGGGAAUGGUCAGAUCCAAAAUCCUCCCAAGUUUGCUCCAAAAGCACAGUUUUAAAAAUUACUUGUCCAGUAUGCAUCUCUUUCUUGCUCUUGUUCUCUUUUGUGUUCUCUCUCUCUCUCUCUCCCUCUUUCUUUUUCUCUCUCUCUUGUUUGAGUUCAUUUGUGUUUUAAGACCCUGGAAAAAAGGAAAUGACUCUUUUUGUUAAAUAUUUUCAUAGCUGAAGUUUAAUGAGACUAGGGCCAUGGAAACAAUCUGUUUUGGUGUGCCCCCAGCGUAGGUUUACAGUAUUUGGUAGGCUUCGAAUCUUCUAUUGCACUGCCUUUUCCACAAGAGAUCAUUUCAGAGGAGGAAAGAGGUUGUCCUCUCUAGCAGUAAUAAGAUAGAACCACUAGUUAGGUGUAGGCUAGAGAUGAGUAAUGGAAUCCAACCUCUCUGAAAGGGGGAAGGGGGACAGAGUUAUAACCAACAGAUAUAAAUUGGGAAAAAGUUGUAAAAUAAGGUAAAUAAAAGCUGACUCCUUGGUCUGGCUUUGUUUCUGUGGUUUAGAGACCUAAGACUGAGGACCCGGAUGUCACAACACCCUCCGGGAGUUCAUUCCCCAGAAGCAUACUUUUUUCUUGUUCUGUGAAAGUGUUUAUUAUUGUUGUUAUUAAAUUGCAUUGUUUGAGAAGUUGA